AUGCCCGACUUGCCUGCUGGUUCGUUUGUAAAGUUCGUGUCAACUUGUAAGCUAGAUACUUUGAGUCUCGGCAUAAUAAAAUCAACCGAGACUGACCCAAAAAAAUCAACAAUUGAAGGACUGAAACAAACUUUUCAAGCUGGCGUUGAAGCAGAAAUAUCGAUUUGCCCAAAGACAAGCGAAGGACAGAUCAGUAACAAACAAUAUGACGAUGACGUUGAGGUUCAGGUGGAACCUUCUGACCAACUAGCAAGUUUGAUCAUCAACGAAGGGAACGAUGAAGCAGGCGGAAAUUUCCAAGUGAAAUUUGUUCCUAAACUGCCAGGUAUCUACCACAUCUCAGCAAAGGUAAACGGCGACAACCUUGCUCAGAGUCCCUCUAAUAUCGAGGUACAGGAACGAAAGCUUGAAGUUGUAGGCGAGCUGCAAAGUGACACUACGAUUAAGCCAGCCGGCAUUGCUGUGAACUCAAUGGGAAUGAUCGCCGUAGCGAACCAAGAUAAGCACUGUAUUUUUAUAUUUGAUAAAGAAGGAAAGUUUUUGAGACAGUUGGGCUGGUAUGGAGAGAAUCCUGGAGAGCUAAACACACCAGGUGAUGUGACAUUAGUGAACGAAGAUGAGAUUUUAGUGAUAGACGUGCGUAAUAACCGAAUACAGCAAUUUAAUGUGCACUCAGGGAACUUCAUAAACAGCUUUGGACGAUUUGGGUACGGAUUUGGACAGUUUAACGCUCCAAGGAGUGUUUGUAUGGAUUGUAAAGGACACAUCAUUGUAGCUGAUUACAACCACCGAGUUCAAGUGUUAACGAAGGAUGGUGUCCCUAUAUUGAAAUUUGGAGACAGAGGUCCAGAAAAACUGCACUUUCCUGUAGGCUGCGCCUAUUACAAGGACAUGUUUGUAGUUGCUGACAGCGGGAAUGGCUGUUUAAAGGUGUUUGACUCUUCAGGGAGGUUUCUACGCAAGAUUGGUGAGAAAGGCAAUGAAGACGGGCAGUUUACAAACCCGUGGAGAUUGUAUAUUGACAUACAUGGAAAUAUCUUGGUCGGUGACAAAGACUGUGGUCACGUGCAACAAUUCACUAUGGAAGGUCGCUUCACUGGGAGAGCUGUUACUAAACUAAAUUGGCCAAGUGGUAUAGCACAAAUGCCGGAUGGUCGCAUUUUAAUUUCCGAUUUCGAAGCAGGAAAGGUUUUUUUCCUUAAAUAG